AUGGAAGCUGUCCAGGACAAUGUUCACCAGGCUUGCGCCGAUGGUACGUAUGGUAAAGAUUGCUCCUCCCGCUGUGGUCACUGUCGGGACGGGGUUGGAUGUGCUAAAGUAUUUGGAAACUGUCCAGCACGUGGAUGUGAGCGCGGGUACAACGGAGCCCAAUGUGAUACAAUGUGCACCAGCAAGACGUUUGGCUAUAAUUGUGAAGGACAUUGCCACUGCAACAACAUUUCUGAACAAUGCAAUGUGGUGAAUGGACACUGUAGCAGUGGUUGUGCGAAUGGUUGGACCAGUGGAAACUGCAGUACAACCUGCACUGACGGCGCGUACGGUCUCCAUUGCUCCUCCAAAUGCAGUCACUGUCGGGACUCUGGUGUAUGUGAAAAAGUAACUGGAAAUUGUCCAGCAGGUGGAUGUGAGCGGGGAUUCAAAGGAGCCAAAUGUGACACAAUUUGCAUAGAUAAAACGUUUGGAUACAAUUGUGAAGGACUGUGUCAUUGUCACAACACCUCCGAACAGUGCAAUGUAACGAAUGGAGGCUGUAGAAGUGGGUGUGCAAUUGGUUGGGGAGGCAGUAACUGCAGUAAAGGAGUUGGAGUAGGACAAAGUUGCAACCUCACUGUCUACGCCAACAAUAUAUCGAUUACUGAAGAAGCUAAUUUGAAAGACUGGACCAAUAUAGGAGACAUUAUGCAGUCCGAUAAUGUCAAUGGGGUUGUAUUGGAUCUUCAGUCACCACGGAUUUUAAGAUAUGUUGCCUUUACAACAAAGUAUGGAACAACUAUGGCAAUAUGUGAGGUCAAACUGUAUGCAAAAGAUCAAGAGCAAAUUCAAGAUGCUGAAACAGACGCUACUUUGAAAAUCAUUGCUGCAGUUUCAUCAACUUUUGCAAUUAUCUCGUUCACUGUGAUCAUUGUUGGCGUCAUUAUUUAUUUGAGAAGAAGAAAAUCAAGACAAAGGGAAAACAAUCGCACCAAUGACUCAAAUCCUUACACUGCGACAGGUCGUUCAUCAACAUCUGGGGAUUACGACACACUUGAUAUAAACGAACAAAUUCCUGAUACAGAUGGCGGAGGAUACGUAAAUAUGGAAAUGACUGGCGGCCUUUGA